AUAUGGUAUGGGGUUAGUAUCACUAUCAUAGAACUAGCCUCAUAUGAAUAUUUCUCGGAACCAAAAUAAGAUUUUGACACCGCCUAGACUUACACCACCGACUCCGCUGCCGAUUCUCUCUCUUUCUCUCACUCUCACUCUCCAUCCACAGUUAAUAUUUUAAGUUUCCUUCGAAACAGAGCAAACUUAACAAUUCUUUUGAAGUUUACUUCUCCUUCGCCUCUGCUUCUUUGCUUACAGUAUGCCAGAAGACGUAGAAUACCGCUGUUUUAUUGGUAACCUUUCAUGGACAACGUCAGAUAGGGACCUAAAAGAUGCAUUUGAAAAGUUUGGGAAUCUUCUUGAGGCUAAGGUUGCUGUUGACAAGUUUUCUGGCCGUUCUCGUGGAUUUGGAUUUGUUACUUUUGAUGAUAAAAUGGCAAUGGAAGAAGCUAUUGAAGCAAUGAACGGAAUGGAUUUGGAUGGGCGGAAUAUAACUGUUGAUAGAGCUAAGCCUCAUCAAGGGUCAGGGAGAGAUUAUGAUGGUGAUCAUAACCGUGAUCGUGGACGUGAUCAUGACCGUGAUCGUAACAGGGGGUAUGAUAGUGGGCAUCGACCUAAUGGUGGUGAGUGUUAUAAGUGUGGGAAACCUGGACACUUUGCUAGGGAGUGUCCUGGUGAUGGGGGUAGGGGGGGCAAGUAUGGUGGUAGGGGCGAUCAUUAUGGUGGAGGUGGUGGUGGUGGCAGUGGCAGUGGUCGUUACGGUCCUGAUCGGAAUGGAGAUCGAUUUGGUGGGCGCAGCAGGGAUGCAGGUAUUCGCGGGGGGCUUGGAAGUGAUAGAUACAAUCGUGAUCGUUCUGGACCAUAUGAACGUCGUGGAACUGGAGGUCCUCGUUCUGGAUAAGAUGAUUGUGCGUGGAUGCUUGGCUGUUUCUGGCCUUUAUGGAUACUUGAUUGGGUUUCUUUGUUGCAAAUUGGCCAUGGUUUUAUAAACUUUAAAAUUGUGAGUUUUUUUGGGCGAAACAAGGGUUCUGCAUACUAACUGAAUAUAAGGACACCCCAUGUUCUUCAUGGCGCACUGAUGGAAGAGUUCCAUUUCCUCUAAACACAUGGCAGGUUGUUUGGAAGCUCUUUGAGGAGUUCAGCAACUUGUAUUAUUUCGUUCCCAUGAGUCUAUACUGUGUUGCUCUGUCUGGGUGCAGAUUGCUGUUCUUGCCUUGUUUGUGUAUUGGGCUGUAGUGUCAUGAUCUUUUUGGCUAAAAUUCAGAAAAGUGGUUAAUAUAGUUCUUUCAGCUCAGAUUGUGCUUUGCAAGACGUUUUUGGUUCCUAUUUUCCAAACUCUUCAACUUUGAGGGUUGGUCUGCCUCUGGCCAUGUAGGAGAUUGAUGCUACCUUAGCUCUUUCUGAAAUAUCACCGAAAGGAAACUGCUUUUCAGUUCUUCUCCUAGUUCUGGAUUUGUUGUUUUCUUUUUUCCAACUUCAACUUGGAAGUCUUGACCCUUCGUCCUUUAAUUAUUGGAGUGCACUAUAGGCAUGAUGGAAUAGUUUUGUGAUUUACCUGUAUUGCUGCUUGCAUGCUUGAAUUGUUUGUUGAGUUUGUUUUUUGGAUUUUGUUUAUAGGCACGAUAGAAUAUUUUUGUGGUUUACCUGCAUUGCUGCCUACAUGCUUGAAUUGUUUGUUGAGUUUGUUUUUUGGAUUUUGCUUACAUGCUUGCUUUUGUGAUAGGGCCUGCUUGUUUGAUUGGUAUGAAUAAUGAUAAUUAAUUUGAAUCACUGUAUAUUAUGUGUAAAUGGAUAUUCAUUUUAAUAUCCCAUCAAAGGGAUACAUAGAAAGCAAUAGAAAAUUUCAAGUUCUUGUAUUCAAGUUAGAUGAGGAAGAUGCUAUAUGUACUCUUCAUCUUCUUCUAGGCUGCCAGAUGUUAGUUAUGUUAAUAUAGGCUUGCAUAUGUAGCAUUUAGCUUUUCUUUAGGAUCCAAAGUGAUUGGUCCAGCUGGCCUUUUUUCUAUAAAUAGUAGUAGGACCUGAAUGGCUUCUCUGCAAAGCUCAAGCUAUGUACUUGUCAUAAUGUUAAGAAAUUAGGAUUCGUUUUAAAUAUUUAGAUAGAUAAUUGAAAAAUUGGAUGUCACAUUAGUUUAUGCUGUGAAGACUGAAAGUGUGAGUACAUACAUCAAAGCCAACAGUCCCUCCCAUUUAUUUUUUCUCUUCCAUGCAUUUUUAAUCCUGGAAAAUAAAGAAGCUAGCAUUCUCUACCCUGGUAGUAACCAACCUUUUUCACCUGCAUGACAUUUCAUUGUUAUAUAUAAGUAGCUGGGUGCUUUUGUCCCAAGACAUUUAUAUUGUAGACUUGAAUCUUCUUCA